AUUGUGCAAUCUGACCACAUUUGGAAAAGAAAUCUUCCGUCGGAAAUAUCCAUUUUGGUAAUUUAUCGAUUUAGUAAUUUAAGUAUAAUUUAUAAUUAAAUUGACUUGCAGUUAAAUCUAGUUGAGUUAAAUUAACUCACAUAAUCAGCUUAACACAAUGGGAUUUGUGCUGUUCCAAGCCACACUCUACAUCAUAGAUAUUUACAGAAAUGAAUUUAAGGAUUGGUUUUAUAUAUAAGCUAGCCGUGAUUGAGAUCUUUUUUAAGUUUUAAAAGCUAUAAAACUGACCAAGUAAUAAUUAGACAAUGCAGCCAAGUUUACCAUCAGCAGCAGGAUAUGCUGUCAUUGUAGGAGGUGGUGCCUUCUUUGCAAUUGUGAUGAACUAUGUCACUUACAUUCAAAAUAAGUUUAGUAAAUAUAAUUCAAGAAAAGUUGAUGAAUUUGUUUCAGGUAGUAGAUCUAUUGGGUUUGGUUUAAUGUUAAGUGGUAUUUUGUCAAAUUGGACAUGGAGUUUAACAAUUUUAGAAUCUGCUGUGAAGAGUUACACCAUUGGAAUUAGUGGAAGUUAUUGGUAUGCCAUUGGUGGUCUAUUGCAAGUAUCGGUAUUUUCCAUUAUUUCAAGUAAAAUCAAAAAGAAUGCUAAUUUAGUUACUACAUUUCCUGAGAUGGGUUAUUUCAGAUUUGGUCGAGCAGGACAUUUAAGUUUCUUAUUUUGUGGUUUCUUAUGUAAUGCAAUUGUGAGUUCAUGUAUUUUGUUAGGAGGUUCAUCUGUGUUUCAAGCCAUUACAGGUAUAAGUCAAUAUGCUACAAUUUUCUUGAUCCCAUUUGGUGUUGCCAUAUAUGUAUCAUUUGGUGGAUUAAGAGCAACAUUUAUUUCUGAUGCUUCCCAUACAACUAUUAUUCUUAUAUUUCUUAUUGUAUUUGCCUUUGAAGUUUAUGUUUCGAAUGAAAAACUUGGAUCUGUAAGUAAAAUGUGGGAAUUAUUGGAAACUGUCCCAGAACCAAUCAGUGGAAAUUAUAAUGGAUCUUUCUUGACAUUUAAAUCUAGUCAAGGUGGAAUUUUUGCUAUCAUUAGUAUUAUUACAGGUUUUGGAUUGGUUGUCAAUGACCAAGCUUACUUGUCGAGAGCAGUAGCUGCUGAUCCAAGAGUUACUUCGAGAGCUUAUUUCUUUGCGCUGAUUUGUUGGUUUGUUAUUCCUCUUUCAAUGGGUUUAACUUUAGGUUUAGCAGCACAAGCACUUUCUGGAAAUCCUGAUUUCCCUACUUUAAGUGAAUUUGAAGUUGGUGAAGGUCUUCCAGCAGUUGCUGCAGCUGUAUAUUUGAUGGGUAAAACUGGUUCGGCAAUGAUGUUAGUUCUCAUUUUCUUCUCAGUAACUUCUUCCUUUGCUGGUGAAUUGAUUGCAACUUCUACAUUGAUGUCCUAUGAUAUCUUUAAAAGAUAUAUCAAGCCAAAUGCUUCUCCUAACGAAGUUGUUAGAGCUGCCAAAAUUUCUGUAUUCUUAUGGGCAGCAUUUGCUUCUGGUUUGGCUGCAAUUUUCUAUGGUGCCGCAAAAAUCAAUAUGGGUUGGUUAUUUAAUUUCCUUGGUGUCCUGACUGCUUCUGCUGUUUUCCCAAUAGCAUUAUCGUUUACUUGGAAGGAUUUAAACAAGGUAGGUGCAGUUGGAGGUUCUAUUGGAGGAAUGGUUUUGGCUUUUAUUGUUUGGUUGGUUACAUGUAAGGCAUAUCUUGGUGAAAUUAAUGUCACUAACUUAUCUAAUACUUGGGUCUCAUUUGCUGGUAACCUUACGGCUCUCUUUGCUGGUGGAAUCAUUGCUAUUGUUUCAUCUUUGAUAAAGCCUGCUAAUUUCAAUUUUGAUGAUACAAGAAAUAGAACGAGUUUAGUAGAAAAUACUAAAGGAACUAUAGGAAUUGUGAAGUCCCAUGAUUUUGAAGAAGCAGGCUUCAACGAAAAAGAAUUAGAUAUUCAAGUUGGUGAUAAUGAACAGACAUCUGAGUCUGAUUCACAAGUUGAUAGUGACCUUGAUAUUAACUUCAAUGUGAUUAUUGAUCAUAAACAUCUUGAUCAACAAUUUAAGAAGUAUAUUGUUUAUGUUGGAAUUUUAGCUUUCAUCAUGACGUUAUUGAUUCCAGUUCCUCUUGGUAAUGUUAAUUAUAUCUUUUCCAAGGGUUUCUUGACGGCUUGGGUUGUUAUCGAUAUAAUUUGGCUUUUCUUUAGUUUUACAUUCGUAGUCUUACUUCCUGUCUUUGAAGCUAGAAAAACACUUUGGGACAUUGCUAAGAAAUUAGUUAGACGGUCGUAACCUUAGGUUAAUUUAUAGAUCU